UCUAGUGUGCUGGGAGUCGAAUUGUCAAAGAUCGUAGCCUGGGUUAGGCCCAGACGUUCAGUUGUGCCUGAGACACCGCCUUACACGAACAAAAUUUUGGAAAUUUACAGGAUGGGAAAUCCCAAGUCGAGCGGUGGUAAUAAGUGCAAGGGCAAAGGUCAAUGCAAUCGGCAACAGCAGCAGUCGCAGCAGACGCAGCAGUCGCAACAGCCGCAACAGCAGCUGGUGGACUCUUCGCAGUUAACACCUACGCCUGUGGCCGCCACUGGAUUGGAACCGCCCACCGCCACGCCCUUGGCCUCGCGUCCUUCGGAGGACACUUUGGCCUUGGCGGCCGCCGUCGCCGCCUCGAUUCCAGGCGCCCCCCUUGCCCGAUCCAUUCCCGAUCGCCGCCCCUCCACGCCGUCGGUAGUGACCCCGACCAGCAACAACAACAACAACAGAUCGGUGGUGGAGACACCACCAUCCACAGCCGAAAAUCUGGCAACCUCGCGAACUGCUUCAGCAGCAGCAGCUGCCCCCUCGGAACACAGACGCGGCCUCUUCCAACGGCUCUUCGGCUGGAGCUCUUGAGGGAUUUAUGUCCUGGUUAAACCAAAUCCGAUCCGAAAUACCACACAAUUUGGUCUCAAAUCUAUUAUACAAAAUUAUUUUUUAGCCGUUAAAUAAAACUCUGCACAA